AUGUCGGAUCCUACUAUACAAACAUUCUGUUGCCAUCACACGGGAAAUAGAGAAGAUUUAGCGGUUAGAAUUAUGGACGAAUUUAAUACUGAUUCUUACAAUUCCGUAUGUUUAGUUUCAUCCACCGUCGGAAUUCUAGGAUCAAUUUAUCAGAUUUAUCCAGAUGUUAUAAAUCGAAUACAGACAGGGAUAGGCUCCACACGAGGACGUCGUAUCAUUAUUUGGUUAGCUGUUGCAGACUUGUUGGCAUCAUUUGGUGUACUUGUACGAUCUUCAUUGUGGCUGAGAUUUAAAAAUAUUAUGCCUUUGCCAGAUGACGAUGUCAGUGUAUUAUUCUGUAGCAUUGUUUCGGCAUGGACACAAUACUUUUACACUGUGACUUGGUUUUGGACAUUUUUCUAUGCCAUAGACACAUGGCUUACUAUAAAAGGGCGAGAUUCUCAUACACUCCUUUACCAUUCUAUAGCAUGGGGAGUUCCAGCCGCCACCACAAGCAUUGGACUUUCUAUUCUUUACAUACCAAAUGCUAAGUGUCACAAUUUGCCAAAUGUAACCAGCGCCAUAUACAAAAUAUUACCUAACUAUUGUGCUACAUAUCUACCCAUUGCCAUGGUUAUGAUAGUCAAUCCAAUAAUGUAUGUUUUGUCAAGCAAAGAUGUUGAAAUGGCUGUAGCAAUCCCACUUGCCCAGUUUACCAGCAAGGAGAGGAGAGUAGUAGAUAUAUUAAGACUGAAGUUUUUUAUGAUCAAUGUUGUGUUUUACUUGUGCUGGUUACCAAAUCUUAUUAAUGGAAUACUACUUUGGACUAUGUGGUUCAACAUGCCAGUUAAAGUUAUCAUCACUAUAUGGUAUAUUAUGGCUUUGACGAACCCCAUGCAAGCUUUAUUGAACGCACUUGUGUAUCGAAAAUGGAAUACAAAUAAAUGGAUGUAUGUCCCAUCUAUGAGUAAAGAUAUACAUAGAGAAUUCCAUUUCUAUGAUGAGAAGUCUCCGUUAUUAGGCUCAGAACCCCCGCGACUACACUUAUCACCCAUCCCUCCAAGUAUUAAUAAUUACGCUACAUUAUGA